AUGAAUAUCCUUUCGUUAAAUUGUCGGGGGUUGAAUACCAGUGAUGCCCCGAUAAUUCCGUACAUACGCUGGUUGGUUGCGACGGUUAAGCCCAUGUUUCUGUUUUUGCAAGAAACAAAAUGUUCAGUUGCACAUGUACAGUCUGUGUUACGAACUACUAAUCCACACACUGUAGUUGGUGUAGAUGCUCUAGGGUAUAGUGGUGGGUUAGUUGUGGUUUCUUGGGCACCUUUUGCUGUUAACGUACUUAGGUCCACGUGUAAUUUUAUGUUUUGUAAAAUAUCAGCAAAUAAUGGAAUGAUUUGGUACGUUUUGUUUUUGUACGGAGAAUCGCGCCAAGAAUUUCGUACUUCCUUAUGGGAUCAAUUGUUACACUUGUUAGAGGCGUAUCCUGACUUUGUUAUUAUUGGUGACAUAAAUCAACUUGAUCAUUAUGGGGAUAAGUUGGGUGGGACUACUAUGAUUAGGGGAUGGGAAGAAUUUACCACUUGGAAGCAUGCUCUACAACUACAAGAUAUUCCCUUUGUUGGUCCUCGAUUCACUUGGACAAAUAACAGGGAUGGUGUGGAUUUAAUUAUGGAACGUCUUGAUAGAGUGUAUGCUUCCCCAAAUUGGAAUGACAGAUAUCCACUUGGUUUUAUUAAAAACUUCCCUAUUCUACAUUCUGAUCAUGCAGCUAUCUUUUACCAGACAGAACCACCAACCCAGGUUCAUCGUCGGCCAUAUCAGUUUGAAAAUUGGUGCCUCCUACACCCUGAUUUAACUAACAUUAUUUCGUCUGUAUGGAGCAUUCCCAUAGUUGGGUCAACAAUGUACCGGUUCACGAAACAUCUAUCCAUCUUUCGCACUCAGAUAGGCGAUGGUGUUUGGAUCAUAAAGUUGUAUGGGGGAUUGAUUGGCAAGAACUUUCUACAAAGUUAA